CAUCAUCAUCACCACCACAGACCGAACGAGCACUGACAAUUAUACAUUUUAAAGCAGAAUAACCGUCUUUUUAAUAGACACCUUUGAAAUUAUUGAAAAAAUAUUUUUUCAUAUUUUCGUUCAUUUCGCGUUAGUUGUUGUUCUAUCGUCCGGUAGAGAGUAGAAAUAGUGAAAACCACACGAGAGAGAGUGUGUAUAAGUGUGUGUUUGUUCUCUCAGUGUGUGAGUGUGUGUGUGUUGAUGUGAUAUUAUGGCGGUGAAUCUGGAUAAAGACGCGUUUUAUCGCCGCAUCAAGCGACUCUACGGCAACUGGAAGAAAGGCGAAGAUGAGUUCGGGAAGGUGGACGCCAUCGUCGUGUCUGUUGGAGUCGAUGAGGAGAUCGUCUACGCCAAAUCCACAGCGCUUCAGACGUGGCUGUUUGGCUACGAGCUCACCGACACUAUAAUGGUGUUUUGCGAGACUAAGAUCACGUUUCUGGCCAGUAAGAAGAAAGUGGAGUUCCUGAAGCAGGUCGCCGUAACCAAGGGCAACGAGAACGCCAACGGGAUUCCUCCAAUCACGCUGCUCGUCCGGGAAAAGAGCGAGAGCAACAAGGUGAACUUUGAGAAGAUGAUCGAAGCGAUUCGUGGGAGUAAAGAGGGCAAGACGGUCGGCGUGUUCAUCAAGGACAAGUUCCCCGGAGAAUACAUGAAGAACUGGAGCGACAUGAUCACGGCCGAGGGCUUGGAGAAGGUGGACAUCAGCACAGUGGUGGCGUAUACGAUGGCGGUGAAGGAGGACGGAGAGCUGGUGCUCAUGAAGAAAGCGGCCGCCAUCACCAGCGACGUCUUCACCAAGUUCUUCAAGGAGAGAGUCAUGGAGAUCGUGGACGCCGACGAGAAGGUGAAGCACAGUCGUCUGGCCGAGUCGGUGGAGAAGGCCAUCGAGGAGAAGAAGUUUCUGGGCGGCGUCGACCCGUCCACCGUGGAGAUGUGUUACCCUCCCAUAAUCCAAAGCGGCGGAAACUACAGCCUCAAAUUCAGCGUCGUCAGCGAUAAGAACCACAUGCACUUCGGGGCGAUCACGUGCGCCAUGGGGAUCCGCUACAAGUCGUACUGCUCGAACCUGGUGCGGACGCUCAUGGUCGACCCGCCGCAGGAAAUGCAGGACAACUACAACUUCCUGUUGCAGGUGGAGGAGGAGCUUCUGAAAGAGCUGAAGCACGGUGUGAAGCUCUGUGACGCCUACAACACUGUCCUGGACUUCGUCAAGAAAGAGAAACCAGACCUGGUCAGCAAGCUCACGAAAAACCUCGGGUUCGCCAUGGGGAUUGAGUUCAGGGAAGGAUCGCUCGUGCUGAACGCAAAAAAUCAGUUCAAACUGAAAAGAGGGAUGGUUUUCAGUGUCAGUCUGGGACUUGCUGAUCUGAUCAACAAAGAAGGGAAGAAAGACGAGCAGAAGAAAUACGCCCUCUUCAUCGGAGACUCCAUCCAGAUCAAUGAGGAGGAUCAAGCCACCAUCCUCACCCCGGUGAAGAAGAAGAUUAAAAACGUUGGGAUUUUCCUCAAGAACGAUGACGAAGAUGAUGACGAUGAAGAGGAUAAUAAUGCCGACGAGCUGCUGGGAAAAGGAGCUCGUGGCGCCGCCCUGCUGACCGACAGAACCAGGAAUGAGAUGACGGCUGAGGAAAAGAGGCGGGCCCAUCAGAAGGAACUGGCCAAUCAGGUGAACGAGGAGGCCAAGCGGCGACUGACGGAGCAGAAGGGAGGACAGCAGAUCCAGAAAGCCAGAAAGUCCAAUGUGUCGUAUAAGAACGUUUCCCAGAUGCCCCGGGAGAAGGACAUCAGAGACAUGAAGAUCUACAUCGAUAAGAAGUACGAGACGGUCAUCAUGCCCGUGUUUGGCAUCGCUACGCCUUUUCACAUCGCCACCAUCAAGAACAUCAGUAUGUCAGUGGAAGGAGACUACACCUAUCUGAGGAUAAACUUCUUCGUGCCGGGCAGUUCGCUGGGGCGUCACGAGGGCAACAUCUUCCCAAACCCCGAGGCCACGUUUGUCAAAGAGAUCACGUACCGCGCGUCUAACCUGAAAUCCCCGGGCGAUCACUCGGUUCCCUCCACAAACCUGCAGAACGCCUUCCGCAUCAUCAAGGAGGUGCAGAAGCGCUACAAGACCCGCGAGGCGGAGGAGAAGGAGAAGGAGGGCAUCGUCAAGCAGGACUCGCUCGUCAUCAACCUCAACCGCAGCAACCCCAAACUCAAAGACCUCUACAUCCGGCCCAACAUCGCCCAGAAGCGGAUGCAGGGCUCGCUCGAGGCGCACACCAACGGUUUCCGCUUCACGUCAGUACGCGGAGAUAAAGUCGACAUCCUUUACAACAACAUCAAGCACGCCGUGUUCCAGCCCUGCGACGGCGAGAUGAUCAUUGUGCUGCACUUCCAUCUCAAGAACGCCAUCAUGUUCGGUAAGAAGCGGCACACAGACGUGCAGUUCUACACAGAGGUGGGCGAGAUCACGACAGACCUGGGCAAACACCAGCACAUGCACGACCGCGACGACCUCUACGCAGAACAGAUGGAGCGAGAGAUGAGACACAAGCUCAAAUCCGCCUUCAAGAACUUCAUCGAGAAGGUGGAGUCCCUCACCAAGGAAGAGCUGGAGUUCGAGGUUCCCUUCAGAGACCUCGGGUUUCAGGGCGCCCCCUACAGGAGCACCUGUUUACUGCAGCCCACUUCCAGCUCGCUCUGCAACGUCACCGAGUGGCCUCCGUUCGUGGUGACGCUCGACGAGGUAGAGCUGGUUCACUUCGAGCGAGUCCAGUUCCACCUCAAGAACUUCGACGUGGUCAUCGUUUAUAAAGACUACAACAAGAAAGUCACCAUGAUCAACGCCGUGCCCGUCAACUCUCUGGAUCCCAUCAAAGAGUGGCUCAACUCGUGUGAUAUCAAGUACACCGAGGGCGUCCAGUCUCUGAACUGGACCAAGAUCAUGAAGACUAUAGUGGACGACCCCGAGGGCUUCUUCGAACAGGGCGGCUGGUCCUUCCUCGACCCUGAGAGUGAGGGAAGCGGAGCGGAGGACGACUCUGAGUCUGAGAUGGAGGACGAGACCUUCAACCCCUCGGCUGAUGAGGAGGAGGAGGAGGAGGAGGACAGUGAUGAAGACUACUCCUCUGAGACCGAGGACUCCUGUAAUGAUUACAGCGCGUCUCUGGGCAGCGAAGAGGAGAGUGGGAAAGACUGGGACGAACUGGAGGAGGAAGCCAGGAAAGCUGAUCGAGAGAGUCAAUAUGAGGACACAGAGGAGACGACAAACCGGAAGAGGAAAGGCCGUUCGUCAGCUCCACCGCCCAGCAGCAAGAAGAAGAGGCGACAUUAGACACACACACACACACACACACUGCCAAACACGUGUCCCACAGUCCUCUUUUACUGCCCCCCCCCCCCCCACACACACACACACACACACACACUGUGUCUGAUGUAAAUAGCGCCGGCCAGCGCUGGUGUGUGCUGUAGGAUAGUGGUUUUCAUAUCAGCGGAUGGACGUGGAUUUUCCUGCGUUGCAUCCCGUGUGUGUGUGUGUGCGAGCGCUGUUCUGAAACGUACAUGUGACGUAGUGUUGGU